AUGGGUUGGCUACUAAAACCCCACUCUUGGGCUCGUCUAUUCCUCUUCCUUUCCUUUACUGGCCUCUCAACCCAGCAACGCGAUCCCAUCGUCAACUUUUGCCGAAGAUGGGGCCACCAAGCAGCAAUCGUUGACAAUAAGCUCUACUAUGAUGGAGGCCUUGUCACCUAUAAUGGUGAUAACAGCCACGAGAACCUUACCAAUCCGUUUCUGCUUUACCAUGACCUGUCAGCCGUCGAUCCCUCUGGCAUGCCGCCGCCGUACGCGAACCUAAGCAAGAACAGUACGAUUCCCAACGUCAAUGGCGGCAUCUUCUGGCCAGACACGGUGAACAAGCGCAUCUACCUCUACGGCGGCCAAUUCUACAACGAAAAGCCAUGGUCUACCAAUAACCUCUACUCAUACGAUGUCAUAUACAACAACUGGCAAUCAACAUCCUCUCCACGAACCAACGGCAUCGCGAGACUUGCAUAUGGAGCUGGCGUUUCUGUCCCCGAGCGCGGAAAGGCGUAUUACUAUGGAGGCUGGAUGAACAACUACACGGAUCCCAACUGGUCUGGCCCUGGCGCCAUGACUUCGUACCUCCUGGAGUACAGUAUGGACGACGACACGUGGACGAAUAGCACAGGACCUGACAACAUCGGGCGGGCAGAAGGGGUGAUGCUUUCCAUCCCGGCAGGGGAUGGAGGACUGCUCCUCUAUUUUGGCGGCAUCGCAACCAACAAUUUCGGCGUGCCGCGGUCCCAACCCAUGGAGCAAAUCAUUGUGUAUGAUCCCGUCAGUAGCAAGAGCUACAUGGAGAAUGCGACAGGUGACAUCCCUCCUAACCGACGCCGGUUUUGCGCUGGCGCCACCUGGGCCGAUGACAGGUCGGCCUACAACAUCUAUCUGUACGGUGGUCUACCUGGCCAGCCUCAAGAUGGCCCCGGCUUCGAUGAUAUUUACGUCCUCUCAGUCCCCAGCUUCACCUGGACCAGAUUCUAUCCUCCAGAUGGCUCGAACGGCACUGUCCCCCACUGGGGCCUGACGUGCAACGUCGUCGGCAGAGGCCAGAUGAUUGUCCAGGGAGGUUUCUUCCCACUCGACGACAAAUGCGACUCUCCCGCAGUCUGGGGGCUUCACAACAUGGAUUUGGGGAGGCAGAAUAACGAAAGCGCCAUAUGGGCAUUGUUUGAUCCGAAGAAGACCAACUAUGUGAUACCAUCGCCCCUCGCGACCGUCAUUGGUGCUCAGGCCACGGGCAAAGCAACCGUCACAGCGCCCAAGUCCGGGUGGGAGAAUCAGGAUCUACAAGUCUUGAUGACCAGAACAGCAUCGUAUGCAACCAGGACGCCGACGAGGGCAAUCCCUACAUCUACGGGAAAUAGCUCUGACGAUGAUCACAAGUCUGGGUUGUCCGCGGGGGCUAUUGCCGGAAUCGCAGUAGGAUCUGUUGUUGGAGCGGCCAUCAUCAUCGGCCUCAUUUGGUUCUUCCUUUUCCGGCGAUUCUUGGCUCGUAAGAGAGAGAGAGAGCAGCAGCAGCAGCAGCAGCCUCGAGAGCAGCGACCUGAAGUGUCGCAGAUGUCUGCAGGGAACUCUUACUACAAUUCGCAGAGCUACCCGAACAGCAACUGGGCAUAUUCGCCUGGUAGCCAUGCCUCCACAAGCUCACCGCCCCCGUUUGCGAGCCUGUCGCCUCAGUUUGGGCAUCAGAGUCCUGUGAGCGAGCUUCCCGUCGAGUACCCGCCAAACAAGUUUGCUGGCUAUGGCUCCCAAUACACCGCGCAUGAGGCUCCUACGCCGGAGAGAACGCCAGAUCAGCAUUGA